UGUGUCCACAGAGGCGAAAAUGGAUGAAACUGAAACAGCUCAUCCGUGUCAUUCCCUGAGGACUGAAGGUGCUGUGCAGAUAUGACUCAAGCCUGAAGCACCUGUGAGACCACAUCAGACAUGAUGGAGACUCCGAAUGCAUCGCACGACAUGAACAACAGCAUCGGCGACAACAGCAGCCUCUUCGCUGGAAGCCCGUACACGACGGUGGAGAUCGUGCUCAUCAUCCUGGUGGCUGGAUUCCUGAGUCUGAUCACCGUCAUCGGAAACAUCCUGGUCAUGCUCUCGAUAAAGGUGAACAGGAACCUGCAGACCGUCAACAACUACUUCCUGUUCAGUCUGGCCUGUGCAGACCUCAUUAUCGGCGUCUGCUCCAUGAACCUCUACACCGUCUACAUUGUGAUCGGCUACUGGCCCCUGGGGGCAGUGGUGUGUGACCUGUGGCUGGCCGUUGACUAUGUCGUCAGCAACGCCUCGGUCAUGAACCUGCUCAUCAUCAGCUUCGACCGUUACUUCUGCGUCACCAAACCGCUCAGCUACCCGGUGCGCCGCAGCACCAAGAUGGCCGGCCUGAUGAUCGCAGCAGCCUGGGUCUUGUCCUUCAUCCUGUGGGCUCCUGCUAUUCUCUUCUGGCAGUUUAUUGUCGGCGGGAGAACCGUGCCACCAGAGGAGUGCUACAUCCAGUUCUUCUCCAACCCGGCGGUGACCUUUGGGACAGCCAUAGCAGCUUUUUACCUGCCGGUGGCCAUCAUGAUCUACCUUUACUGGCGCAUCUCCAAGGCCAGCCGCAGUCGCAUGAGGAGGGACAGCAGGAAGGCCUCAGGUACCAGUCUGGGUGAAGGAGCCUCUCACAGCCAGGAGGAAGGCUGUGAGAACAACUGCAUCAUUGCGAAAAAAGUUCAGGAGGAGGCCGGAAAUGGGAAGGAGAAGGAAAUGCAGCAGCAGCAGAACGGCAAUGGCCCCUGCAAGGAAGAAAAAGUUGAACAAGUUUGCUCCAGGAAAGCCAGCAUCCGCCCUUCAACGUCUAAGGACACUGUGGCUCCAACUCCAUCACGAAAGAGCUCAAACUGUGGGAGAAAUCUAACACAGCCACCUUCCCCGGAUAACUCGGCUGCUGACAGACAAAGUCUGGUUGCACGGACUCUGUUGAAGGUGACAAAGCGUGCCGUGAGUGAGAGCGCCGUGGCAAAGUGGAAAAGGAGGGGCAUUUCUUCCAGGGAGAAAAAGGUGACCCGCACCAUCAUGGCCAUCCUGGUUGCUUUUGUUGCCACGUGGACGCCGUACAACGUGAUGGUCCUGAUCAACACGUUCUGCUCCGUCUGCAUCCCCAACACCCUUUGGACCAUCGGCUACUGGCUCUGCUACAUCAACAGCACCGUCAACCCGGCAUGCUACGCCCUGUGCAACACCACCUUCAAGAACACCUUCAAGCACCUGCUUCUGUGCCAGUACAAGAAGAUACGUGCGGCGCGAUGAGGGCGAUUGUGACGGAGUCGGAACAACGUGAUGCAUCUUGCAAAGAAAGACGACAAAUACCGGAAACAUGUUGUUGAAAAAUAGACUAGGUGUGUUGUUGUUGUGCACUUACUCCAUUUAUUUUUCAAUGGUAGAGGUUACUCCCACUUCCAUGGAAGAUGGAACCAUGUUUCAAUUUAUAUUUGUACCACAAACUUAACUUUUAAUGAUUUUAAUAAAGACGUGGCAUUGUA